GGUCGCCGCCCCCUCCCGCGUGACUCCCCGCCUGCUGCACUUGCAGACUGAUGUACGAGUCCCCGAGGGUCGUGGGGAAAGGCAGCUACGGAGAGGUGCACCUGGUGAAACACAAGUCCGACCGGAAACAGUAUGUUAUUAAGAAGCUGAAUUUAACCACCUCCUCUAAGCGGGAGCGGCGCGCUGCAGAGCAAGAGGCGCAGCUUCUGUCCCGGCUGCGACAUCCAAACAUUGUGAACUACAGGGAAUCGUGGGAAGGAGAUGACUGCCAGCUCUACAUUGCCAUGGGUUUCUGUGAAGGUGGUGACCUCUAUCACAGACUUAAGCAGCAGAAAGGGGAGCUCCUCCCCGAGAAGCAGGUGGUGGAGUGGUUCGUCCAGAUAGCAAUGGCACUCCAGUACAUGCACGAGAGGAACAUUCUCCACAGAGACCUCAAAACACAGAACAUCUUCUUGACAAAGACCAAUAUCAUCAAAGUCGGGGACCUUGGCAUUGCACGAGUAUUGGAGAACCAGAAUGACAUGGCCAGCACGCUCAUAGGGACGCCAUACUACAUGAGCCCUGAGCUCUUCUCCAACAAACCCUAUAACCACAAGUCAGAUGUAUGGGCCCUGGGCUGCUGUGUGUAUGAAAUGUCCACACUUAAACAUGCCUUCAACGCCAAGGACAUGAACUCACUGGUUUAUCGCAUAGUAGAAGGAAAGGUGCCACAGAUGCCAAGUAGAUAUGACCCCCAGCUGGGAGAUUUGAUCAAGAGCAUGCUGUGCAAGAGACCCGAAGAUCGGCCUGAUGUCAAACUCAUCCUCCGCCAGCCCUACAUCAAAAGACAAAUUGCCAUGUUCCUUGAGGCCACCAAAGAGAAAACUGCAAUAUCAAGAAGGAAAGCUGUCAGCAGCCCUGGUGUUUGCAGAAGCAACAGUGAAUCGUCUGUGGUAUCAUCUCAGCCAAAAUCUAAGAGACAGCCUCGGAGUCCUCAGCCGGAACCGCUUGUCAAGGUGAAACAGAAAGAAGAGAAAUCACAGCACUCUGAAGUUAAUAAUGGCGUCACUGACUCUACUCCAGUCCCAACAACUCCACCACCCAAACCUCCUUCACCGGAUGCAUCUCUGGCAACUAUCAGCAACAUCAAUAUUGAUUUCCAAGGGCAGGAGGAUGAGGACCAGUCGAAGAGGCAGGUGCACAAGCCCCAGUCGGCAGGUGAUGAACAUGUGACUCGCAGCGUGCACAAAGACAGCAAGAGAAGAGGGAAACCAGAUCCUUCUCCCCCUGUCUCCCCUGUUAAGCUCCCUCUGAAGUCUGUAUCAGGUGUUGUCAGCAGGGGAGGAGACGAGAGACGGGCACCCAACGGAUUGUUAGACAUUCAGCCACGGGCCACGCCAAAGCCCGGGGAUACAUUUUCUGUUUUUGGGGAGAAGCAGAUGUCAUAUGUGGGUGAUAAGGAUGAUACGAUGGAGUUACUUCAAGAGGCUCACAUGCAGAAGCCAAAGCUAGAAGCCAAGAAAGAGGCUGCUUCUUCUGUCUCUGAGAGCAGAUCUGCACACACAUCUAGAACAGAAACUGGCGAAGUGGGUGUGGAAGUGAAUAUGGACAACAAAGGUGACACCAUUAAUCUUCUCAAGGCGGAUCCAACAGAACAUGCCUCAGACACCCAAGAAAACUUAGAAUCUACUGAAAAGUUGUUAGAGCCGUUCACUCCAACACUGGAGCCCGAGAUUGAGCAAACUCCCUUACCAGUCAAAAAGCCAGGACCGACAACUUUGUGUCAAACUCCCCCGCCCUCUGUACAACAGCAGCUCAGAGCGAGGGACACAAGAGGGACACAAGGGGAUCAGGACAAGGUGGCUGCUUCUAGACCUUUACCUCCACCUCCUGUUGAGAGCAGAGCUGUGGAGGAGAGGAAGAGGAGCAAGAGGAGCAUAGAGGGCAAGAAACCUGACGUGGCGCCGACUUCCACACCAGUUAGCUCCAGUAAGAAGGGAUUGUUACCACUUCCACAGGUAAAGGAUCGUCCUUUGUCCGCCAGAGAGAGAAGGAGACUGAGACAGUCCCAUGAAUGUUGCAUUCAACCAGGUGUCAAUCCUGUAAGAAGAGCUUCUUAUGAUGUCACUUCCACUAAGGCUGAGUGCUACUAUGCCCCAGUCACCAGUAGAUCUGUGUCAGACACUAUGGCUGGGAUCAUCAGUAAGCAAGAUAAGUUGCAGGAGCAAAGAUCAGAUGAUGAUGAAUGCAGCUCAUCCACGAGUUCCACAGAGCGUUCGGAGGGGGACUGCAGGGAGAGGAAGACCGAGUCCAGCGACAUGCAGGAUUUAGUCCAUAUGAUGACACAAACAUUGAGCAUGGAUGUCGGGCAUGGUGUGAGCGAGGUGGACAAAAGCAGAUUUGGUUCUACUACACUGCCAGAAUUUAAACUGAACAGGAAAUAUCGGGACACCCUGAUGCUUCACGGGAAGGCCCGAGAGGAAGCAGAGAACUUGUCAAUCGGUGAAAUACGAAUGGAGGGCUCCCCAUCCGGCCCAGCCAAGAUAAGGAGAGCCAUAGAACAGCUGAGGACAGAUGUGGUGAAGGGCCUUGGGGUCAAGCUGCUGGACAAAGUGCUGGAAAUCAUGGAGGAGGAGGAUGACACCAUACGAGAACUUUGCCUUCGUGACCAGAUGGGGGAUGAGAAAUACCAAACAUACGCUGUGAUGGUGAGGCAGCUGAAAUUCUUUGAGGACAUUGCCUUCAAGGUUUAAAAAUGUAGGAGCACAGAGGCUAUGGGAGCAGAGACCUUUGAAUUUUGACCAUUCUUACAUAGCAUUUAAAGUUGUUCUCAACUGUAAAUAGAUCAACAACAUUCUCAAAGAUAAUUAAUUUCCUACCAAAAGAACACCUCACCUUUGUUUUGUGGCAUAAAGCCACUUCCCUCUUCUGCUAGCAUCUCACAUGACAGCAGGUUUAAUCAUGAGAUUGCAACCUUAGAAUUUAGUCAUAUGAAAUGACCUGUCAAAUUAAUUGUAUAUUUUUUUUUAAUUCCAGUACAAACACACUUUGAAUCCUGCAUUUUCAGGAUGCCUAUGCAAAGAUUUUGGUCAAGCUCUAACACCUUGACUCUCCACUUGGUUCGAUACUCACUUGUUUAUUUAUAAUGCAAACCAGAAUUCUGAUAUUGUUUCACCUACACUGUAUCUUUGAAGACAUGAGAUCUCACUUCUGCUUCUCUGUUGUAUUUUCAUACACACAGGAAACUGUUAUGUAGAUGUUUUAUAGAUAUUAAUGUUUAAAUAAAUUCCUACAAAUCUUAAGAAUUUUGUUAACACCAGCAUUUCUGUGAAAGAAAAAACAUUUCUGUGCAAAUA